AUGAUUUACAGUAAAACAAUCAGAAUUAGAAAUGAUAAUGCCUUGAUAUUUGAUCCAAAACAAGAUGAGACACCAUUUUUUUUCCAUGGUGUUAAGCAAAAUCCUCGAGAUAUUUCAAAACGACAACAUAAAUCGAUAAAGUACGAUUUUCAUCGUGUUUUUGGACCUCAAAGUUCUAAUGAAGAUAUUUAUAAUGAAAGCACUAAAGAUUUACUUGACAAACUUCUGUGUGGAUAUAAUUGUUCUGUAUUCGUUUAUGGAGCAACAGGGGCUGGAAAAACAUUUACCAUGCUGGGUAAUGAAAUCAACUAUGGUAUUACAUAUUUAACUAUGAAAGACUUGUAUGAAAAAGUAAAUGAACAACAGAAUUCUAAAAAAUUUGAAAUUUAUGUUUCCUAUCUUGAAGUGUAUAAUGAAAUGGUAUACGACUUGUUAGUAAGUGAUAAAAAGCCUUUAUUUUUACGUGAAUGUGGAAAUACAACAUCAGUUGCUGGUAUUACAAUAAAAAUGGUAAAUAAUGUUGAUGAACUUAUUGAAAUGCUACGUAAAGGCAAUGACAAUCGUACUCAGCACCCUACUGAUGCCAAUGCUGAGUCAUCUAGAUCUCAUGCAUUGUUUCAAGUAUACAUACAGAUGACAUUUAAACAUACAGAUCAGGUCAAAAUGGCCAAGCUGUCUAUGGUUGAUCUUGCUGGUUCAGAAAGAGCAUCGUCUAAUAAGGGGAUGAGGUUUAAAGAAGGAUCUAACAUUAAUAAGUCACUACUUGCUCUUGGAAAUUGUAUCAACAAUUUGUCAGAUGGUUUGAGACACAUUCCUUAUAGAGACUCAAAACUAACUAGAUUAUUAAAAGAUUCUCUUGGUGGGAACUGUAAGACAUUGAUGAUAUCAUGUGUAUCACCGGCUUUGUCAUCAUAUGAAGAUACCCACAAUACUUUAAAGUAUGCUUCUCGAGCUAUGAAAAUCAAAUCUAAUUUAAAAGAAAAUGUAAUGUCAAUCAAUCAUCCCCCAUCACAUUACACAAAAUUAAUAUCAGGCUUAGAAGAUGAAAUUCAGCAUCUGAAGAAAAAAUAUGAAGAAGUAUUAAAGUCUAAGGCUCCAAUACCUCCAGAUAAUUUAGACGAUCUUAAAUCAACUUUAGAAUCUUUAUUCACUGGCAAAAUAAAAAAACAUAAUGAAAUUCUUCGUUUAGAGUCAACACAAAAAAAGACUGAAUUGAGAAUAUUUUUAAAGAAAAAUUUAAUUGAACGAUUCUCUUCGUUUAAUGUUCCAAAUAUAGAUGAAAUGACUAGUGAAUUGAAUCGAAUCAACCUGGCUAUUCAACAAUUUAAAGGGCGCAUGGCUAGUUUAAAUGCUCAAUUAAAUAUAUUGUGGGAUGAAGCAAUUGCAUCUAACAAUGAAUUAAACUUAUUUUUAAAAAAACUUGAAGAAAAUAAUGUUAAACAAUUUUUAGAUGUGGAUAUUGUUCGUCUUAAUGCUGAAGUAAUCGCAGAAGAGCAAGCUACUCUCCUCGAGCAUAGAAAUGAAAUUGGUAUGAUAUUGGACAGUAACCUUAAUAUAAGUCAUGAACUAAUAACUAUGCUUGCGGAAAAAUCUAAUCAAUAUUAUACAUUAUUAGAAGCACAUAAUAAAAAUACAGAAGAUAUGAAAAAAAACCAUAAUAAUAUAACAAAAUCAUUUUUGGGUGGUUUGAAAGCAGUUAGUUGGGAUUUUUCACCAGGAAACCAAUGUAAAAUUAAGAGGGAUGAGUAUUUUAAUUUAAAUGAACUUAGCAUUAAAAAUUUGAGAACCUGUACAAAACCGGAAUUUUCAAGACCUAUUAAAUUAGAAGAGUGCAUGAGUCCUUUGCAAAUUGUUGAAGACAAGUUUGAACAAAUCACAUUACAGCCUGAAAUUAAUAAAAUGGACACAUCGCCAGAUUCAAAUGCUGAUGAAACUGUAGUAAUUUCAGCUCAAGCAGAAAGUUUAAAUAAUACUUUUGUAUUGAAACAAAAUUUAGAUUUAGCAUCUGUUAAACGUCUGGCUACUACGACCACACCUCAUCGAAGUAAACCACCAAUUGAUACACGGUGCCUAACUAAAUCAAUUACCAAGCCUACCAUACAAAGAAAAAGGCUGGUACUCAAUAAUCACAAAACUGGACUUAAUAAUAGGAAAGUUAACCAAGAAAACAUGCCACUUAUUAUGGCUGCAACUAGGACACUGGCUGAUCCAAUUCUUGCCAAAGCUGUUACUAAAGCACGAAAUAAUACUAAUAAUAUUUUAACCGCUAAAUCUGUAAACACAAGGAUAACUUCACAAGACACGUGUAAGACAAUUAAUGUUAAAAACCAAAAACCCACAUUGACUAUGAGGCAACGAAAUUGGCUAUAA